ACACGAACACGCACACGCACACUUUCAUUCGUGUGUGUGUGUGGCUCUGCUUGCUUCUCGUUAGUAUUGUCCAUCGGAUCGGUAUAUAUAUAUAAGUUGCUGAGGAAGAAGCUAGCUAGUAAUUAAGAAGAGGCGGAGCUGGAUCGAUCUAUCGUUGAGUUGUUAUUGCCACACAAACACAAACACUGACGCCCAUGGCCUCCGACGGCACCGAUGUCGUGGCGCUCUACGGCGGCGCCAAUGGCCUCUCGCACAAGUCCGGUAGCUUCUCCGUCAAGGUGGGCCUCGCCCAGAUGCUGCGGGGCGGCGUCAUCAUGGACGUGGUCACCCCCGAACAGGCGCGCAUCGCCGAGGAGGCCGGCGCCUGCGCUGUGAUGGCGCUGGAGCGCGUCCCCGCCGACAUCCGCGCCCAGGGCGGCGUCGCCCGCAUGUCCGACCCUGGCCUCAUCCGCGACAUCAAGCGCUCCGUCACCAUCCCGGUCAUGGCCAAGGCCCGCAUCGGGCACUUGGUGGAGGCCCAGAUCCUGGAGGCCAUCGGCGUGGACUACGUGGACGAGAGCGAGGUGCUCACCCUCGCCGACGACGCCCACCACAUCAACAAGAACAACUUCCGCGUCCCCUUCGUGUGCGGCUGUCGCGACCUCGGCGAGGCGCUCCGCCGCAUCCGGGAGGGCGCCGCCAUGAUCCGCACCAAGGGCGAGGCCGGCACGGGCAACGUCGUGGAGGCCGUCCGCCACGUGCGCUCCGUGAUGGGCGACAUCCGCGCGCUCCGCAGCAUGGACGACGACGAGGUCUUCUCCUACGCCAAGCGCAUCGCGGCGCCCUACGACCUGGUCAUGCAGACCAAGCAGCUGGGGCGUCUCCCCGUCGUGCAGUUCGCGGCAGGUGGGGUGGCCACCCCCGCCGACGCUGCCCUCAUGAUGCAGCUCGGCUGCGACGGCGUCUUCGUCGGCUCCGGCAUCUUCAAGAGCGGCGACCCCGCGCUGCGCGCCCGUGCCAUCGUGCAGGCUGUCACCCACUACAGCGAUCCCAAGAUUCUGGCGGAGGUCAGCAGUGGGCUCGGCGAGGCCAUGGUUGGCAUCAACCUCUCCGACCCCAAGAUACAUGUCGAGCGCUUCGCCGCCCGCUCCGACUAGCUAGCAACGUAGAGUGCCAUCCUUCCUUUCCGUCCCCUGCCACCACUGCCACCAAUUCCUUCCUCAUAAUUACUGCCAUAUCUGUGAUCGAUGGUUGUCAUAUAUUGAAAAUAAACAACAAACAUAGUGUAUAUAUAGUACUAUAUACUCCCUCCUUUCCACAAUGUAAACGGCUGUAAUUAAUAUGCCCCUAACAUCACUAAAGGACCAUGCACAUCUAUCUA